CUCAAAGAACUUACAGAAUCUUCCCGUAGAAGUCAGAGAAGGAAACAGUUACAGAAUCUCCGCGAAAUCGCUAACUCGAGCAGCCAUGGCGAGCCAAGACUCCACAAACCUGAUCGUCGGAUCCUAUGUGAGCUUCACGCUGAGGGUGUACGAAGAGUUCUUCCAUGGAACCGUCUACUUUUACGACCCAGAGGAUGGUAGCUUCGGGAUCGAAGAUGUCUCGCGUGCUGAGAAUGCUGAGGAUUAUGAUAGAGUUGAUAGCAAUUUCCAGUUACUCCUAGAAGACAUUAAGGACUUGAAGGUGAUUCGUGAGCCAGCGCCAAAACCAACCACCAACACUAUUAAGGAUGAUGAGAAGACUACUACUCCCAGUGAAGCAUCAUCAUCCACUUCAACUUCAAAUUGACUCUGCUUCGUUGCAAAUACACCGACUCAUACAUAUUACUUCCCUAAUACAUAUAUGAUCCAUAAGACCAUAACACUCACCAAAAUCGUCUAGUGUUCUUCCUCAUCAUCUUCCGCUUUUCCUUCACUUCUCUGUCACAUAUUACUUCCCUUGUACAUAUAUGGUCCAUAACACUCACCAAAAUAGCCUAAAAUCCCUCUUUCUCGUCUUUUGCUUUCCCUUCACUUCUAUGUUUUCUUCUGUAC